AUGGAUCCAUCCAUGAUCCCGACUGGCAGAGCGGCACCCCGACCGCCUCGUUCCUCGCAUUCGUCUAGCAGAAAACGUCUACAGCGCAGCGAUUACCCACCCUCUGCUGAUAACAACGCUAGCUAUGGCCCAAUGAGCGGCGGUCGGGCCCCAGGCACUGGUCCGGUAUCCGUCUCCGAGGCUACGCAAGCCAACGAGACCCGCUUCGAACCCCCCGCUGAUAGUGCUGCUGGCAAACCCUCCAAGUCCUCUAAACGCAAAAAGAACCGUAAUCGGAAGCGUCGCAAUCGACACCAGUCUUUUAUUCCAUCUCGCCGGGAGGAAUCCCAUGAUAGCCUUGGGGAGACUUCGGGUGCUGGAGGUGUCAGAGAUUCAAUGGAGGCCGAUCGGCCAACCUCGAGGGACAACCCGUCGUUCUUCAAAUUGGGGCGCAAUCUGAGUAGUACAAGCUUGGAGAGCGAUGCACUAUUAGAUCACCGGGACCAACCCUCGAUGCGACCUCGUCGUGACAGUCGCCUUGCAUCGUCAUUCCGCCCGAGCUCUCUAAUAUCCAAUGUCUUCCGAUCGAACGAUGGGCAAUCACGCAGCACCCCGAGGGGAGGACGGAGCCAACAUCACAAUGGUGAUAGUGACGAAGAGGGUCCCAAUGACCGGACACCAUUGAUGCGGCCAGUUUCAGGCCAUGCGUCCAGCCACAGCCGGUAUGGAACAGACACUCGCCCGAAUUUGUUCUCAUCGCGUGCUCGACAGCCCUCUGCCCAAACUAUGUCCUCGGGAUGUUCGCCAAAGGACAAUCGCAGCCCACUCUAUUCUCCCACCGUGGAGCGAGACUACGAUGUCAACAACCCGCCAUCGACCCCCGGGUCCCCAAAGAUGGGCCCGGAGAUGAAGUACGAUGAUGCGGUGGUAACCGGGGCUGAGUGGGACUUUUCACUGGCUCGGUCAAUGGAGAAUCGCAGGGACUCUUUGAACAUCCUCAACGAUACGCUGAUUGACAUAGACGGAAAUGGCUUGCGCCCACAUUCUGCACCAUCCUCUGCACCUGGAUCGCCGAUGUUGUCUCCACAUCAUGAAAUGCGGCGACGCCGGACAGUAGGAUUACCGGCAGAGGGAGACGUAUGCUUCCCUACUGAAGCGAUAUCCGAAUUGGGAGACGAGGGACCAAGGCAAAUGCGAGAUGAAGCCGGUGAGCGUCGACGGCGUAGACAUCGGCGGUGGCCCGAUCUCUCCGCGCUGGAAGAAUGGAGCCGUGAAGAGAAAGAGGAGCGCAAUGGAGACCUUCGAGUCAAAAGGAUCAGCGAGCCCAUGUUCAUCGAAGGCCGAUUGCGCCCUCAGUACAAAGGUUGGCGACGGGAAGAGGACGAUGCACCUUAUCGGUUCACAUAUUUCAACGAGGAGUUCCCGAGCACCAUUCACGCCCAAACCAUCUCCGAGCUGGUACAACCAGGCGGUACCUUCCGCGAUUUGUUUAUUCCAGAACCCCCCGAAUUGGAGGAUUCCUCGGAAGACGAGGACACGGAUGAGGAAUCUUAUAUGGAGAAUCCACCUUUCAAUAACUCAACCCAUCCUGCUAGCAAGCCACCACCUCACGCAGACACCCAAAGUCAAGGGCAAGGCCACCAAACGCAUGUCAAUCCUCAGCUGACGGCUCAGACUGUUGUUCCAAAUGGACGGAGUACAGGUGACCUUAUCUCUGGCAAUGCUCCGCCUGCCAGAGGACCCUCGCGUUUAUCUGCCAUCAGCGAAGGGCGCCCGGACUCUCAACGAGAUAUUUCGCCCGCACCUUCAAACGCCCCAUUCAGCACUACCCCCAACCCGAAACCUAAACGGUACGGUCCGCGGCCCACUUUCUGGCUAGAUGUUCUGUCUCCGACAGAUGCAGAGAUGCGUACGAUUGCCAAGGCGUUUGGGAUUCAUGCGCUGACGGCAGAGGACAUUAUGAUGCAGGAAGCUCGAGAGAAAGUCGAGUUGUUCCGCAGCUACUAUUUCGUCAACUACCGCACUUUUGAGCAGGAUACCAACAGUGAGAACUAUCUUGAGCCAGUGAACAUGUAUGUGGUGGUCUUCCGCGAAGGCGUGAUAUCCUUCCAUUUCUCGCAGACACCUCACCCAGCCAAUGUGCGGCGGCGUAUUCGCCAACUGAUGGAUUAUCUGAUCCUCAGCUCGGACUGGAUUUCAUAUGCACUGAUUGAUGACAUUACUGACGUCUUCGGCCCGCUGAUCCAAGCGAUUGAAGAUGAGGUUGACGAGAUCGACGAGAUGAUCAUGCAGAUGCACUCUUCCACUGGAAGCAAGGAAGGAUCGUCCAAUGACAGUGUGCUUCCUUCAUUCGGACCAGGCGAGAUGCUUCGGCGAGUGGGAGAAUGCCGUAAGAAGGUCAUGGGGCUGUAUCGACUUCUCAGUAACAAGGCCGAUGUAGUCAAGGGAUUUGCCAAGCGUUGCAAUGAGCAGUGGGAGGUUGCACCCAAAUCAGAGAUUGGUCUAUACCUAGGUGACAUUCAGGAUCACAUUAUGACGAUGACGGGUAACCUUACACACUACGAAACAAUCCUUUCCCGCGCACACUCCAAUUAUCUAGCGCAGAUCAACAUUCUCAUGAACGAGCGUCAGGAACAUACUGCCGAUGUUCUGGGUAAGCUGACUGUUCUUGGUACAAUUGUCCUGCCGAUGAACAUCAUUUGCGGCAUGUGGGGGAUGAACGUUAAGGUACCGGGUCAGGAAAUUGAUAGCCUGACAUGGUUCUGGUGUAUUACUGCCGGAUUAUUUGUAUUUGCAUUUGUAUCUGUUUGGACUGCUAAAAGAGUCUACAAAAUUGUAUAG